AUGGCAGCGUCUUUCAGCAGCCAAGUGAGAUGCGACGGGCCUCACCUGUGCCGAGGCCAGUCCCUCCGCCCACUUGUAGAGGUGGUAUUUUCCGCGGGAUCCCCUUCACGGAACGUCCGCAUACCUUGCACUUUCAUGCCGUACCAUCAUAAGGCACCACAACAAUCGUUAGCGCGGCACGCGACUAUCAUAGUAUAUCUCGAGAGUCGCGCAAGAGGCGCGUGCUACCUGCGAUCAAGGGUUGGCCCUCGCCGUUGGACUGACUGCUUCCGCACGGCGCGUCCGUACCAGUACUGCCAACUCUUCGAGAAAAGAAAGCGCUGA